GGAAAAAUAAAAUGAUCUAAAAGAGAUUUGUGACUUCGCUUUGAUGUUAUGUAUUCCGGAAAUACACACUCCCAACGGUUUAGGUGUCCAAAUUGGGACACUUGUGUUGGGUGUAUGUCAGUAAGAGGGCCAGAUGUGGACAGGAACAGCCCUGGCUGGGACGCUCGUAUGAUAAAGUUCCACCUUCAGAUAAAACGAUUACUGUUCCUUUGCAGAGCUGUUUAUAGCGGACCUUAUCGUAUUCAUCUCACAUCUUCACAAUAUCCUGACAUCCACGGGAGAAGAUGCUGUCUGUGAACUCGGACGGGAAGGUCCUGGUCAGAAGAUGUUUCCUUACCCUCAGGCCCUUCCGAAUAUUUGUCCUGGGGAUUGGAUUUUUUACCCUUUGCUUUCUAAUGACCUCGCUGGGUGGACAAUUUUCAGCAAGACGCUUGGCAGAUUCUCCCUUCACCAUACGUACAGAGGUGCUAGGCACAGGAGAGUCCCGGAGUGCUUUACGCAGGAUGAAUGACAUUCUGGAGACGCUAGUGCGAAGGAUGGACAUCUUGGCACGUCUGGAGAAUGUCAGUGAGUCUCGCAGAGCAGAAGAAGGAGGACACUUCGCCUUGGAUAGUUUGCAGUCAGUGGUACUGAUGGAGAAGAUCCAGGCAAUCGCGCAGAAUGUGUCUGACAUUGCGGUGAAGGUGGAUCAGAUUUUUAGGAACAGCCUGAGAGGGAAGGUAUUGGAAGGCCAAAGGGACAUGUGUGAGGUUCCACGGGAUCCAAGGUUUCCAGACUGCUCUGCCAAAGUUGAGUGGAUGAGAUCUCGCUGGACAUCAGAUCCAUGUUACGCUUUCUAUGGAGUUGAUGGCACAGAGUGCUCCUUUUUGGUGUAUCUGAGUGAAGUAGAAUGGUUCUGCCCAGUAUUGCCGUGGAGGAAUCAAUCUUUUAAUCUGCUGUCCAAACCUAUCCCCAAAAAACAGGCUGCCUUUCGAACAGAACUCUCCUCUCUGUUAGACCUGAUGGGAACUGGUAAGGAGUCUCUGAUCUUCAUGAAGAAGAGGCUGCGCAGGCUGGAGGCUCAGUGGCUGCUUGGUGCCCGGAGAUUAGAGAUCAAACUGGGUAACAGUCCAAUGGAGCAGAAGCAGAUCCUAGUUCACAUUGGCUUUCUGACAGAGGAAUCUGGUGACGUGUUUAGCCCGCGGGUGCUGAAGGGUGGGCCCCUGGGAGAGAUGGUGCAGUGGGCAGAUAUCCUUGCGGCUCUUUACGUACUAGGCCACAGCCUAAAAAUAACAGUGUCUGUCAAGGAUCUUCAAAGUUAUCUGGGAGUCCCCCCUGGAAGAGGAAAUUGUCCGCUGACAGAGCCUCUGCCUUUCGACCUCAUUUAUACGGACUAUCAUGGCAUGCAGCAAAUGAAGCAGCACAUGGGACUCUCUUUCAGGAAAUACAGGUGCCGUCUACGCGUGGUGGACACAUUUGGGACAGAACCGCCGUAUAACCAUGAAGAAUAUGCCACCCUCCAUGGCUACCGUACCAACUGGGGCUAUUGGAACCUGCACCCCAAACAGUUCAUGACCAUGUUCCCUCACACACCAGAUAAUUCCUUCAUGGGCUUUGCGACGGAUGAACUCAAUGAAACAGAGCGGCAGCAGGUAGCUCUGAACAAAGUCCGGAAUAUGGCAGUAGUAUAUGGAAAGGAGGCUUCCAUGUGGAAGCUACAGGGUAAGGAGAAGUUCCUUGCUGUGUUACAUAAGCAUAUGGAAAUCCAUGGAACCGUCUACUUUGAGACUCAGAGGCCCCCUGAAGUGCCAGCUUUCGUGAAGAACCAUGGUUUGCUACCUCAACAAGACUUACAGCAACUUCUGAAAAAAGCCAAGCUUUUCAUCGGCUUCGGGUUCCCGUAUGAAGGUCCUGCUCCUUUGGAAGCAGUUGCCAAUGGCUGUGUGUUCCUGCAGCCACGCUUCAACCCUCCACACAGCUCUCUCAACCACGAAUUCUUCAGGGGAAAGCCAACCUCCAGAGAGGUUUCCUCUCAGCAUCCUUACAUGGAGAUGGCCAUCGGGAGACCAUAUGUUAUAACUGUGGACUACAACAAUACACUGGAGUUUGAGGCAGCUAUCAAGGCUAUUAUGAGGAGCAAGGUGGAGCCGUUCUUGCCCUAUGAAUAUACCAGUGAGGGGAUGCUGCAGAGACUGCAUGCCUACAUUCAGCACCAGGAGUUUUGCUCACCACCUUUGCCCACAUCUUUCCCAAAUAAUACAUCCCAAGUCACUCUCCCUUCUUCCUUGCUCCUCAUCAAUCAUACGCACUUAGUGUGGCCUCCCAGUGAACCGCUGCCCCCAGUCUGGCCACCAGUCACUUCCAUGCAGGUUUGGCUUUCUGCAGAAGGAGAGUCUUGCAGCAGUGUAUGCUGGGAACAUGACUUGAUAUGUGAGCCUAGCUUCUUCAGCCUCAUCAACCGACAGCAAGUACUUGAACAACUGGGAGCAAAGUGUGAGAGCACAGAGUCAGUGAUGAGCCACCUCUAUCCGGCUGUGUCACCAUCAGUCCGUGAGUGCUAUCUGCAGAGAGAACAACUACUAUUCAGCUGCUCAGGACAAAGUACCAAGUUCCGUCGCCUAUGCCCCUGCAGAGACUAUAUCCGUGGACAGAUGGCCUUAUGCAAGGAGUGCUUGUGAAACAAAAGGAGGCCACCAACAAUCGGUGCCAUUUUUCAUUGUCAGAUUUCCAGCAACCAAUCAGAACGACUGCAGCACGGAGAGAUUAUGCACCUAGAUUUUUACAUCCCACCAAACGUUCCUGGCUCUCAGCCAUGGGUUUUAUGCUGCAGCAUAAAGCAAUAUUACGCAUAAAUUACACACCCACAAAACAACCUAAACUAUUUUUCUGAGCUGCCAAGACCUCCACAUCUUCUAAUGACCUUUGACUCUUCCAGUGAUAAGAGGGGUCUACAGCAGCUCAUUUUCAAAAAGCACAAGGGCAGAUAUUGUGGGACGAUGUCAUGCUGAUUGCUGCUAGACAUGCCUGUUCAUUUUUUUUAAUGUGGCGGAAGUAAUAUAUUUAUGUAUUUUUUAAGACUGCAAUGUGUUCGCAACGGAGGCACUUGCGACAGGAGACAUUGUCACGGGACACAAUGGUAAUUAAGAAAUGUUUAUCAGACUGUCUGUGGAUAAAACACUUAUGUUAGAAGAGAUAAAAAGAAUCCUUUAUACUGCAAAUUAACAGACUUGGAAAAUAACCCUAUUACAGAAAAGAUGAAAGUUUGAUACCAAUAUUAAAUAAGAUUGUUAAAAACUGGACCAAGCUCUAUAAAAUCGGGCCACUCAUGUAACCUCCUCACAUGUAGGAGAAGUGAUUAAGGGGUGGAUACUUCCUCACCUUCUCGUCUGAAAAAUAGAAUAGACUUUGUGUAGACAAGCAAUAUAAGAAAUAAUGCAUUUUUUCUCAAAAAUAAUGUCUCUGGUAAUAAAGAUUUUACGGGAAGUGGAAA